AAGUAAAUUGUCCGUUACUUAGAGAUAGACAUUCCAAUAUCGACGAGCCUCGGCCGACGUCAACGCGUCGCCUCGUCGUACUCACUGGUUGCGCUCGUACUGUUUCACUCUCAUCUUCUACGGUCCGUCUUCCGUUUCCUUCGUCUCGUCGGAUUCCAACACCGCGGUUAUCCGUGCUCUUGUCCCCGAGAGUGCGUUCUUCUUGCGUGCCAAGGAACAAGAAAAGGGGAUGCUUAAGCGUCACUGGCUCUUAUACAUUUACUCAAUGCUCUUAACGACAGGAUUCAAUUUCAUGACUCAUGGUUCACAGGAUCUGUAUCCCACAUAUCUCGAGACCACCAAGGGUUUCAGCUCACGAUGCGACUAUCGCGACCAUUAUUGGCAACUGUGGUGCUAUUGCCGGCGGUGUUAUUGCUGGAUUGGCGAGUCAGUACAUUGGACGCCGCUUGACGAUCAUGUAUGUGCAUUCCAUAAUAUUUGCUCACCUUUUCAUCAGAAUUUUGUGCUUCUCGUCGGAGCGUUCAUUCCAUUAUGGGUUUUACCCUCCUCGUUCUCUGGCCUCUCCGCUGGAGCGUUCUGUAUUCAAGUUGUUGUUCAGGGCGUCAUCCCGAUCCAACUGGCGGAGAUGUCAUCACCAGGAUUCAGAGCAACAUUCCCUGGUGUUGCUUACCAGCUUAGCAACGUCUGUAGAAGGGGAAUCGUGCGAUACUUGUACUAACGUGUUGGUGGUAAAUAGCUGGUAGAGUCCAUAAUGCUAUAUUGAUACAUCCAAACUGGACUAUAAGCCUAAAACUAGGAUACAUCAUCCAGUAAGA